AGGCGGGUCACGUUUAAACAGCAACCAAUCGGAAUGCGGAACGGGCAAGCGUUUCGCCACACUUCUUCUUCCGGGCUAUGCCCUGGUCACGCACAGGACCCAAAAUGGCGACACACUUAACGAAGUGUAGAACCUGGAGUGGUUUCCAAAGGUUUGGGAUCACGACUUACAGAAAGUACAGUAGUGGCAGUGGAUACCCAAAUAUAUCGCUCUCUACGCCGCUGCCUGGGAUUCCUAAACCAGUGUUUGCAUCUUUGGAUGGUCAUGAAACAUCUGAGACCAAGAUCACCACUCUAGAAAAUGGCCUCAAAGUCGCUUCCCAAAACAAAUUUGGUCAAUUCUGCACAGUUGGAAUUCUAGUUAAAGCAGGAUCAAGAUAUGAAGCUAAAUACCCAAGUGGAAUUUCACAUUUCUUAGAGAAACUUAGCUUUUCUUCCACAGCACAGUACGGAAGUAAAGAUGAAAUCCUUUUUGCUUUGGAAAAGCAUGGAGGGAUAUGUGACUGUAAAACAACAAGAGAUAUCGCCACGUAUGCAGUGUCAGCAGAAGCAAAGAGCCUGGACACAGUGGUCAGCCUUCUUGCUGAUGCUGUCCUCCACCCUCGACUGCUGGAGGAAGAGAUGGAGAUGACCAGAAUGGCCACACGCUUCGAGUUGGAGGAUAUAAGCAUGAGGCCAGAUCCUGAACCCUUGCUUGAAGAGAUGAUUCAUGCUGCCGCAUACAGAGGCAACACAGUUGGACUGCCUCAUUUUUGUCCUUUAGACAAUGUGGACAUUAUUGACCAGGAAAUGAUUUACAACUACUUGCGUAGCUACUAUACUCCUGACCGCAUGGUGCUCUCUGGAGUUGGCGUUGACCAUGAGCAGCUGGUGGAGUGUGCCAGGAGGUACCUGCUGAAUGUGACGCCAGUGUGGGGGUUGGGACCUGUACAAGAUGUGGACAUGUCUGUAGCACAGUACACUGGUGGCAUGGUCAAAAUAGACAAGGAUAUGUCGGUGAAUUUUGUUCCUGAUAAAACUCCAAAGCGCACCCACAUCAUGAUUGGCCUAGAGAGCAGCUCCUACAUGCUUGAGGAGGACUUUAUUCCCUUUGCAGUGCUCAACACAAUGAUGGGUGGAGGGGGUUCUUUUUCUGCCGGAGGACCUGGGAAGGGCAUGUUCACCCGUCUCUACCUCAACGUACUCAACAAGUAUAACUGGAUGUACAACGCCACCUCUUACCAUCAUAGCUACGAGGACACAGGGCUGCUAUGCAUCCAUGGCAGUGCCUACCCAAAAGUGGUAGGGGAAAUGGUGGAAGUAAUAACAAGAGAGUUUGUUAAUAUGACUGCUACUCCAGACGAGUCAGAGCUGGAGAGGGCCAAAAUUCAGCUAAAGUCCAUGUUGAUGAUGAAUCUUGAGGCCCGGCCAGUGAUUUUUGAAGAUGUUGGGCGCCAGGUUCUUGCCACUGGAAAGAGAAAGUUGCCGCAUGAGCUGUGUGAUUUAAUAGGUAACGUGACGGCCAGUGACAUCAAAAGAGUAACAAGUAAGAUGCUGCGCAGUAAGCCUGCAGUAGCAGCUCUGGGAGACCUGACAGACCUGCCCUCAUAUGAAAAAAUCCAAGCUGCCCUGUCCAGCAAAGAUGGACGCCUGCCCCGUGGAUAUAGUCUUUUUGGAUAGAGCCUAAUUGUCAAUCAUAAAGUCUGAAGGUCUGAUAUCGCUGUAAAUAAACUGGACUGGAAUUUUUUUCCUAGUAUUUCCUUACACGACAGAAAUCAGCUCACUCUGGGGGGGAGCAUGAAGCCAAACCCUCACCAAGCUGCUUAAUUAAUGAGACUGAGGGAUUCAAAGCAGAGUUCGGUUUUACUUUACUUACUUUACUAGAGUAGUGGAUGUCCACUUAGAGUAUGUUUAUUUAUUGUUUUUGGACAGGAAGUCGUUUGUUCUUGUAUAACUAAGCUAAUUGACUUGAAUAGCUUUAGGGAGAAGAGUAAAAUGGGGGCGGCUUCCCUUCCUGCCAGUGUCAAAGCUUAUGUUUAGACAUUUCUGUUUGCACACCCUCAACUCAGAGCCCCAGCUCAUCUUUCUCUAGCUACAACAUACACAAACUUGUGUAAGUCCAUGUGUUGCUGCGGAAAGCACAACUUUGCUAUAUUUAACCGAGGACUGAUAAAGAAAAUAGAUCGGUUUAUAAAGCUUUAUUACUGUAGUCACUUUGUCCCAGCAAAAACUAAGUAGGUUCAGUCACAUUGAGGUCAGAUGUACCAUUAAAAAUGAAUAUUGCUUAAUUAUGUAUUUGUUCUUGUAAUAAAUUCACUUAAAAUGUACCAUAAAAUUUAAUAGAAUAAAUAAAGAAACUGUA